UCUCACUCUCUCUCACUGUCUCCGUAGGGUGGAGUCAAUGAUCAGAUUUCUCUGUCAGCUUAUGUGACAUCAGCUUUACUGGAAUCAACACUUUCAGGUUCUGAGAUGAGUCGGAUUACAGACAGAGGCCUGAGCUGCCUGCGGACUGCAUUACAGACAGUGAACAGCACCUACACUCUCGCAUUGCUCGCCUAUACCUUUACCCUGGGCCAGGACCCGGUUGCUAGGGAAAUAACUCUCCAGUGGCUGGAAAAGUUGGCCAUCAAAACAGACAGAUUGACUCAUUGGCAGCAGGAGGAGACCCUGGAGAGCGAGGAAGAGCAUGGUUACUGGUGGAGAGCACCCUCUGCAGACGUUGAAAUGACAGCCUAUGUGCUUCUAGCCCUUCUCUCUCAGCCACAGGUCCCAGACUCCGAGUUGGACGAUGCCACGUCCAUUGUUCGCUGGCUGGUUAAGCAGAGGAAUCCUUACGGAGGCUUCGCAUCAACCCAGGAUACAGUGGUCGCUCUCCAGGCCCUGGCUCUCUACGCUGAGAGGACCCAUGUGGAUGGCCAUCAGAGCUCAGUAACUGUAACCUCAGAGACAACAUUCCACAAGGACUUUCAUGUUGACACUUCCAACCAGCUGCUGCUCCAGAGGCAGGCCUUGGAAGAGAUUCCCGGAAAAUACAGGGUGCUAAUCACAGGGAACAGAUGCAUUCUUCUCCAG